UAGAUCUAUUAAAUCUAGAUUCUAGCAUAGGCCUACAAGAUGGUUAAAAUUGGAACAGAUUUUAAAUAUUAUUUAAAGUAGAUCUAGAUCUAGAUCUAUAUCUUAAAUACAAAUCUAAUCUAGUCAAGAUAUCUAGAUCUGGAAUCUAGAUUUCUGAGCGUAAAGGAAAUAAAACACUUAGGCAUAAAAAACGUAAACAUUUAUACUUGGCCUAUUCUUAGAUCUAGCAGCGCCCUCUCGCGGAAACGAAAGAGUGUUUUAAUUUUUACCUGCAGCGACAUGGGGGAUUGCAUCUGUGUGACUCAUUCAAACCGUAGAUGAAUGAAUAUGAAAACUGAUUAGGGAUGAAAUAGGCUAGGCCUAAGCGUUAUUAAGAAUCAGUUGAGUAUAACUAAAUUUUGAGAAAACACCCCCCUGGUCUGCUAAUAUCAUGGCUGGUUUGCUGGUCACAUGAAUAAGGGACUAACAAAGCCUGCUGAAUCAUGUGACUAACGCAUGGCUUUUUUUUUUAAUUAAAAAAAAAUGCUUGUAAAUAGUGGACUAACAGCUUCCACCAGCAUUUUUGAGUAUUUUGUCAAAUAAAAGCACAUUGAUUUGCUCUUGGCUAGAUAGUUGAAAUUUUUAAAAGCUAAGUUGAGGGUAAAAGAGAUUAGUGGCCAAGUGAGUGUCCAUCCUGAAGAUGUCUUCAAAAAAUGUGUCGACUAGAGUGUCAAGGACAUCAAUUCACACACCACUUCAACCUGCCAGUGUCCAGGAUCUCAAGGCUAAGUUUGACCCCUCCACUGGAGAUCCUGCUGUCACCACUCUCAGCUCUGCAAAGAUUAAAACUCUUCCUAAUUCAGAAAAAAAACUUUCAACACAAUCAAAAGAAAGUCCAUUUGUUUCAUCUUGUACUUCAAGCUCUAAGAUAUCGUCUUCUGUUACUAUAUCUUCCGUCAGUUCAUCACUUCAAGCAGCAGCUCAGAGGAAACUUGGUGCACCAGCAUCUGCCACAUCAACCACUUCAGCAACCUCUUCCACAGCAUCAUCUAUCACAUCAACCACUUCAGCAACCUCUUCCACAGCAUCAUCUAUCACAUCAACCACUUCAGCAACCUCUUCCACAGCAUCAUCUAUCACAUCAAGCAAGUCAGCAGCAGCAUCUGUAACAUCUGCCAAGUCAGCAAGCUCUUCUAGCCUUUCAUCUAUCCCAUCAGUAAACACCAGAACAGCUUCAUUAGCUCUUACCACUGCCAGGCCUUUCUCCCCUUCAAAGACCCAAGCUAGCUCUGGAAAAAGUAGUCCAGUAUUAGAAAACUCAAAGACUAGUGCAACAUGCCCCCCUAGUAUAGCAGCGCCAAAAUGGGAGCUUAAAUCAAAAAACCCUUGGAGUGCCAGUUCAAGUAGUUUAAACAGUAUAACCAAUGACACUAAAAGCAUUUUUGAAAGAGACAAAUGUGGUCGGCUAGAAUUACCAGUGAUGCACAUCACAAGUACUGGAAAUGAUGUUACGGUUGACAUAGCCAAAAAAUCUCCUCAUGAUAGUAAGCUAAGAAAUGGCAGAGAGACAGAUGCCCCACCUACAGAUAGCAGUCACACAGCUCAAAAAAAUAAUUCACCACCAACAUUAGCUAAAUCAAAAUUUCAUUCUGAUAAACCUAAUGCUGUUGAAGGGAGUCCCCCUGUGCAAAGGUCAAAGCGACUUGUAGCCAGAGAAAUUCAAAUUGAACGGCUGGACUCUGGUGAAAACAUCACUUCUUAUAAAGACAAACCUUUAAACAGCACAACUGCUAAAACUGAAGGCCCAAAACUUAAUAUAGAGCCUAAAAGUUCUUCUAAAUCUGACAUGAUUGUGCAGGGCAAUAUACUGAGUGAAAUUAAAGUGGAGAGAAUUCCAAGCCACUCAGCAAAAACUGAAGCCAAACCAGAAUUUGCACAAGUCAAGUUGCGCAAUGUCAAGUCAACACUUGACCAGAAACCCGCUGUCACUGCCAAAAGUCCAGAGUUGAAUGAUAAAAGAAUUUCACGUAAAAUCAGUAGUGAAAGAUUUGAGAGACUCAUGAUGGAUUUCCAAAGAGGUGUUCCCACAGAAACGAUUCCAAGGAAGGAUUCUGAAACUGACCACAUCAUUCUUCAGCAAAAAGCUCGUGAACUAACCAAGUCUGAUGUUGUUGAUGACAUACCCAUCAUUGCUAAGAAAAAGAAAGAAGAGUCCAUAUUUACAGAGGGGCUCAAAGUGUCAGACUUUGUGAAACAAGUAAACAAAAUGAACCCAGAUUUGGAGGGUCCUCCAAAGUGGAAGAUACAAAAAGCUCGGAGUCAGACAAGUUCUACAGCAUCAAGUGAUGUAGGAGGGGACAACUUUUAUCAGGGGAUUCCAGGAGAAGAGGAUAUACACAAUGCCAGUGAGGAGGAUGAUGACAUUUAUGAAGUAGUGGCCCAUCGAGUUGGUUCAGGUGAAAGCGGACAAUCAGGUAGCACCAGGAAAGCACCAGGAAGAAGAUUAGGUGUUUACAGUCAGAUGAAAAAUUUCAAAAACUUUGCUCUUUUAAAGCUAAAGCAACGAGGAAGCAAAAAAAAAGUUGAAACUUCUAAAGCAGAUCCACAGAGUGACAGUGAAGAGAAAGUGGUUUACUCUGAUGGUGAAGGGAGUUGGAUACACAGUGACAGAAGCAGCACAGGAACAGAGUAUGAGGAUGUGGAGCAGGACGGCCCAGACGAGGAGUGUUUUUACGAAGAUUUAGAGACUUUUAAAAAGCCUUCAAAUGCUGAUGUCAAAAAUAAACCAUUGAGUAAACUGAAGAACAUAUUUUCUAAUUCAAAAUCCAAGGCUAAAAAAGUGUCAGCUGAUACAGCAGCAGCUACAGACUCAGAGGGAGAUUUGAUUGAUGAGAUGGAUGAAACUGAUAAUGACCAAGUGGACACUCUCUCCCGAACUAGCAGUGAACGCAGCAGUGGGCGCUUAACCAGAGAAGACACUACACUUAGCAGUAUUUCAACAAACAAUUCUGGAGUGAACAUUGACGAGAGCUCAUCAACUCAGACGACAUCCAUGCCUCCACCCCCUCCACUCCCUCCUCGAACAUCCAAGGUUCUGAGCCAACCAGCAGAGAACUCCCCCCCUCUCCCACCCAGGAACCCAGCUUUAUCCAACAAGGCUACCCUAGGCAUCCCACUUGACACAGUGGUGCCAGUUUCUCCCCCUGGAAGAAACUCCAAUUCAUAUGGCAACAAGAAAAGAUUUUCUUAUGGCUCAGAUGGAUUAGAAUCAUCAACAGGAAAACUUGAUUACAUUGACCAAGAUCCUGCAUCUCCAAAUACAUUAGAGAAACUUGAAAGAUCUGAGAGGAAGUCUAUCAACUCCAGCCGUCCUGCCUCCUCAUCAUGUCCUUCAUACAUGUAUCCUGACAUCAGCGCUUUCCCAGAGUUGAAAGGAGGAAGCAGUGAUGAAAACCUUUAUGUUGAUCUGGAAGAUGAGCACAUCUAUGGUAAAAGCAGUGAUGUCUAUGUCAGCCAGUUUGAAUCCGAGCCCUUAUACCAAUGGUACAACAAGAACAAGAUGAUCCAGAACAUUGGAUCGGAUCAAUCCACUGCGGAUGAGCUGUCAGAUGAAGAUUAUUUAGAAGUAGAUGAGAGAAAAACCCACCCAGUGUAUGAGGAUGUGGAAAGACUUUUAGAGAAGACCAGUAGCAGUUCUAGCAUUUCAGCCUCUAGCAGCACCAAAAGUGAUAGACAACAGUCUUUGAGUGCUAAAGACAAGCCACAACGCAGGUCUGUCAUUGAAGAUGUCUUCAAGAAAGGCGGUACGCUUCACCGAGCACUUUGGUGUCAGAUGCCAGAGGUGAUAGAAAGUGGUUUAUUGCUUCAACUUUCUGACCAAGAGAAAAAAAUCCAGGAGGCAAUGUUUGAAAUAAUGACAUCAGAGGCAUCGUAUCUCAAGUCUCUCAAAGUUCUUAUCACAGUCUUCCUAUCUGCACCCGAGUUUUCUGCUGAAAUGUCAGAUAGAUGUGUCAUCACUAAGAGAGAGAGACAAAUACUUUUUUCAAAUAUUGGACACAUAAAAGAUAUCAGUGAAGAAUUUCUGAAAGACCUGGAGACAAGGUGGCAAGAAUCUUGCUACAUGAGUGAUGUUUGUGAUAUUAUUUACAAGCACGCCUCAAAAAACUUUGAACCUUAUGUGCGCUACUGCAGUAAUCAGGCUUUUCAAGACCGAGCACUAAACACCUUAAAACUUAAACCAGAAUUUAAUGAAGCUGUCAAGAGACUUGAGCUUCACCCUGACUGUCAGUUUCUACCUUUGGCCUCAUUCUUGCUGCUGCCUAUGCAGAGGAUUACCCGGAUGCCCCUGCUGGUGGAUGCUGUGUGCCACAGACUUGAAACUGGCACACCAAGACAUUCUAGUGCAAAAAAGGCUUUAGAUAGCCUUACCAAGGUGGCUAAAAGGUGUGAUGAAGCAGCUAAAAAGAUGCAACAAACAGAACAAAUAUGUCUUUUAGCUUCAAAUCUGGAAUUUAAAGUCAAGGAAUUUCCACUGGUGUCAUCUUCUCGCUUUUUGGUGAAACAAGGGGAGAUGACUCUAAUCAAAAGUGAUGCAACUACACGUAAACCCUUGAGCAAGCUGCUUGGCUCCCAUAAAGAACAUAUUUAUUUGUUCUUGUUCAAUGACCUUCUUUUAGUUACAAAAAAGAAAGGGGUCAUUUUUCAGGUGAGAGAUUAUUGCCAGCGUAAUUCACUGCAUGUUGAAGCAAUUGACAACUUGGAUAAAUCUCGUCACAUUGCUCCAGGAAGUGCUGCUGGACUCCACAAUAUUUUGUUUCUUGCUAUGCUUGCAAAUCAUGAAAACAAACAAGUUGAAUUAAUUUUAUCAUGUAAAUCUGAAAGUGAAAGAGCCCGAUGGAUUGAUGCCAUCGCACCAGCUCAGAUGUCUGCAGACAAUGAGAGGAUCUAUGACUAUUGGGACUGUCCACAAUUCCAGUGUGUUAGAAAAUACAUUGCUCAGCAACCAGAUGAGCUAACACUAGAGGAGGCUGAUGUUAUCAAUGUCACACGCAAAAUAGCUGACGGCUGGUGUGAAGGAGAAAGAAUCCGUGAUGGAGAACGGGGCUGGUUCCCUGCCAGCCACACUGAGGAAAUCAACAACAGCCACGUGAGAGCGCGCAACCUUCGACUAAGAUACCGCCUGAUGAUAGCAUCACAAGAGUUUGCACAAAAUGACUUCAAGCAUUAAUUGCUAGGGCAUCUCACUUCAAGUCCAUUGUUAUUUCAUUCUCAUAUAUGCAACACUUCUGCAGCAUAAAACGAUAUCAAAUGUGUGUGUUAGGGUUAACUUGUACAAAGUUGAACAAGCUAGUACAUAUGCCAUGAAUAUGUUCGCAGUUUGACUGGUUCAAGUUGACAAUACCUGCACUGCAUGUAUGCUGUGCUUUAGUUUGAGGCAUUUCAGCAUUUAAGACAGUUUGAGGGAUUUGUUAUUAACAUUUUGACAUAUUUACAAAUUUAUAUUUUUACAAAAACACUUUUGGAUCAAAAUAAACUCUGACUGAAUGAUUGGAAAAGAUAUUAUAAAUUGCAUCACAAACUGUAAAUACUAAGUCAAAGGGAGACAACUCAGCAAAUAUUGUAUAUCCUUAAAUCAUUAGUACAUAAAAUUUCCUUUCAGAAUCGACAAAUUAAUUUUGUGUUAUCUUUAAAGCUCAUAACAAUACUUACUAUAUGUAAAUACAUUUAUUUGAUAUUAAUUGUUUGGCUUUGGAACAGUAUAACCUAGAAAACAUAUACAGCUUGAAUUUCCACCAGCCCUUCAACUAGUGACUGUUACCUAAGUCUCAACCCAAGGUGUUUGCUGGAAAUUCUCAGCUAAC